AUGGCUGCUGUUCUUAUCCCACCGUCUCCUCAAACCUCCUUGAAUAUGUCCAGUCGCCGUCCACUCGCCAACGUGCCGAAUGCAACCAAUUCUCCCCAUAGAACCGUUACCUUGCCAGCGAAACGAGUCCGGUCUACUCAACUUGAAAUACCUUAUGGCCAGCCUCCCCCGAAGAAGCAGGUGAUGGAAGCGGCAGAACAGGAAUCUCGAUCCCCAACUCGAAGCCGAUCGACGGUUCAACAGAGUAACGAAUCGAAACUUUUUGCACGUCGAUCUAAUAAUGCCAAUCCCAGUGCAUUCGAGAAGAAAUUGGUUGCUGCUCGGGACAAGGAACGUCAGUCUCUAGCGAAGGGGACCAAGGGCGAGAAGCCUUCUGCGGAUACCCUCGACACAAUUCGUCAAUGGCAACGGCAUUAUCGCAAGGCUUUCCCUUCAUUUGUUUUCUACUUCGAUAGUAUUCCGGAAGAUGUUCGACGCAAGUUCUCUCGACAGGUUAUUGCUCUUGGUGCUCGCGAAGAAACUUUUUUUUCCCGAUGUGUUACUCACGUUGUUACCUCUCGCCCGAUUCCAGAAAUUCCCAGCACAAGCCACACUGAAUUGGACCAGUCGACUGUCGAGGGUCCCAACAGGGAUGGCAAUGUGCAAACCGUAAACCCUUCCCUUCUUGAACGAAACACCGACUCGCAACGCCAUGUAUCAUUAAAAAACGAUGCCCGUCGUGAUCAAGGAACCAUGGAUGUGCUGCAGAGAGCCCGGCAAAUGGGGAUGAAAAUUUGGGCACUCGAAAAACUGCAAAGGAUGAUCAUAACCAUUAAUGAUAACGGUUAUCUUGGGGGCCAAAACGAUGCUGCAUCUCGAAGCAAGGCUACUGGUGGAAGUACGGCUAGCGGCCGUGGCGAAAACGAUCUGUCGCGUGUUCUUCGUCAGGAGUUAUUGAAUGGUCCUUCAGAUCGCGACCCAUUCUCGUCCAUGGAAAUGAUUAUUUUCAAGGGACCGUUUAUCUACAUCCAUGAUAUGAAUGAGAAGACGAAGCCUGUCAUGGUUCGAGAAUACUCUCGCGUCGCUAAUCGACAAGAGGGAACUUGGCCGCAAUUCCGAAGUGCACCUUUGGGAAAAUGUCCCUUCAUUGACGAACCUCCUAGCCGAAAGGAACACGACCGACAGCGACAGAAGCAAGCUCAGAAGGAGAAGGAAGAGAAAGCUGCAAAUGAAUCCCGCCCUAAGAUCUCCCAGACUGCCGUCAGUCAGAAGGUCGAUACCAAAGUUCAGACCGAGCUUGUCAAAGUACAGCGUGAGCAGGAUGAGAAGUCUACAUCGAAGACAGAUCUUUCCACCAAGCCGCUGCUUGAUGAGGCCCAUGAGCGAAAGAGCUCGGAAAGUUUCAUUCCUACUCACUUUCCCCGCACGGGGCCUUUCUACACUGGCCGUGAGCCUGCUGCAUCAGGUGUGCAGCCAUCAAACGUCACCUCAGCCAUCCGUUCUCAAAUGAUCUCGUCGACUGCUGCGGCCCCUGGUGCAAAGGCUGGUCUGAGCAAAGAGGUUCAUGGCCUCAAACGCAAAGUCCUUGAGAAGGGUACGGGUGCCAUUUCGAAUGGAUCAAUGGCUGCUCCUCAGAAUCCUUCAAUCGGCAAAAUGGCUUUGUACCGCGGAACUCACACGGAUACUCGUCGUGUUAUGGAGGUUCGUCGGGCUGAUAAGGAAAACUCCAAUCCAUCAGAAGUAGCUGGAACAAAGCGUCGCCGCGACAGUCAGGAAUUGGAACAGAAGAAACCGCGCCGAGACCCUAAACCAGGUUACUGCGAGAACUGCAGGGAUAAGUUCGAUGACUUUGAGGAGCACACGACGACACGAAUGCAUCGCCGAUUCGCCCAAAACAUGUCAAAUUGGGCGGAGCUUGACUCCCUCCUCUUUGAGCUUCAACGUCCUCUCAAGGAAGACUACGACUUGGACUAG